CGCGCUUCCUAGAGCGGCCGCGACGACUGCGAGGGAGCCAUGUGGGCUAGCGCAUGCGCGCGCCAAGGUGAGGGGUCGGCAAGAUGGCGGCGGCCUCCUCAGGGGAUGAGGCGCCGGACAACGAGGACUACUACUCGCUGCUGAACGUGCGGCGGGAGGCCUCUCAGGAAGAGCUGAAAGCUGCCUACCGCCGGCUGUGUAUGUUGUACCAUCCUGACAAGCACAGGGACCCGGAGCUCAAGAGGCAGGCCGAGCAGCUUUUCAACCUCCUUCAUCAGGCCUAUGAAGUGCUCAGUGACCCACAAACAAGAGCCAUCUAUGACAUAUAUGGGAAGAGAGGUCUUGAAAUGGAAGGCUGGGAGGUGGUGGAGAGGAGGCGGACACCUGCCGAGAUCCGAGAGGAGUUUGAGCGUUUGCAGAGGGAAAGAGAAGAGAGGAGACUUCAGCAGCGGACAAACCCCAAGGGGACGAUUAUCGUCGGCAUAGACGCCACCGACCUCUUUGAUCGCUACGACGAGGAGUAUGAAGAUGUGUCCGGGAGCACCUUCCCUCAUCUCGAAAUUAACAAAAUGUACAUCUCCCAGUCCAUUGAGGCCCCACUGACAGCCACAGACACGGCAAUCCUGUCGGGGAACCUCUCCACGCAGAACGGGAACGGAGGCGGCUCCGUCAACUUGAUUCUGAGGCGGGUGACGUCGGCCAAAGGCUGGGGAGAGCUCGAGUUUGGAGCCGGCGACCUGCAGGGACCCUUGCUUGGCCUAAAAAUGUUUCGGAACCUCACUCAGAGAUGUUUCAUCACGACGCACGGCACACUACAGUCCUCCCCCCGCGGAAUUCACCCGGGCUUUACCGCCGUCCUGGCCCGGCACCUGGACAAGAACACCAUGGGGUACCUCCAGUGGCGCUGGGGCAUUCAGUCCGCCAUGAACACGAGCGUUGUCCGGGAUACCAAGACCAGCCAUUUCACGAUGGCCUUUCAGCUUGGAAUCCCCCAUUCCUUCGUGAUGGUCAGCUACCAGCACAAGUUCCAGGACGAGGACCAGACGCGGGUGAAAGGAUCCCUCAAGGCUGGCCUUUUUGGGACCAUUGUGGAAUACGGGGCCGAGCGGAAGAUCUCCCGCCACAGCGUCCUCGGAGCCACCGUCAGCGUGGGCGUCCCCCAGGGAGUGUCCCUGAAGAUCAGGCUGAACCGAGCCAGCCAGACCUACUCCUUCCCCAUCCAUUUGACGGACCAGCUGCUCCCCAGCGCCAUCUUCUACGCCACGGCCGGGCCCCUGGUUAUCUAUUUCGCCAUGAACCGGCUCAUCAUCAGGCCCUAUCUCCAGGCGCAGAAAGAGAAAGAGUUGGAGAAGCAACGAGAGGGCAGCGCCAGCGAGAUUUUGCAGAAGAAGCAAGAGGCAGAAGCUGCCGUGCGGCUGAUGCAAGAAUCGGUCCGGAGGAUCGUUGAGGCCGAAGAAGCCAGGAUGGGCUUGAUCGUGGUGAACGCCUGGUACGGGAAGUUUGUCAACGACCAGAGCCGGAAGAACGAGAAGGUCAAGGUCAUCGAUGUGACGGUGCCCUUGCAGUGCCUGGUCAAGGACUCCAAGCUCAUCCUCACAGAAGCGUCCAAGGCUGGCCUGCCUGGCUUCUACGAUCCCUGCGUGGGUGAGGAGAAGAGCCUCAAAGUCCUCUACCAGUUCCGCGGCGUUCUGCACCAAGUAAUGGCCUCGGACAACGAGGCCCUUCGGAUACCAAAGCAAUCUCACCGGAUUGACACGGACAGCUAAUCCAGAGAGAGGGAGGGCGUCCGGUGUGGGGUUCCGUGCCCGGCUUGAUUCACUGGAAGGGCACCCCCUUUCCCUCCUCCGGAUUCGAUACGUCUUCAAACCGACGGAGACACCGCUUGUUUUUAUGAUCUGCAUCGAAGGUGGUUUUACACCAAUCCUGUUGUGGGACAAAAUGAGAGAAAAACGGCUUUGACAGAAGAGUUGGCCCCCCGGGGCGCGGCAGGUGCAUGCUCUGCUGGCAUUUCCUGCAGGGGAGCAGGGUUGGCUCGGUGCUUCCCCCCCCUCCACCAGGAGGAAAAAACCCCCUCCCCUGGAGGUGCUUGCAGGGCAGGAAGGGAAGGCCUGGGCCAGAAGGUGUGUUGUUUCUUACUCCCGCAGAGUGGGGCUUCUUCGGCCCCAGAAGGCUGCGGCCAAAGAGGGAAUGCCACUCGGCCGGCACUCCGUGAUGCCACCGGUGUGCUGGUGCCCUUGAAGAAUCUGUGCGUGCAUUUUAUUUUGCCGGUGGACCCCCCUCCCCUCCUUCCCAGCCAUCAUCUCUCUCCGGCGGCUGCUGGAUGCCCUGCCUUGACUACAAAAUCUGUCUGCAUCCAAGGAGCGAACGGGAGAGGCCGUAGCGGGGAAGUCAGCAGGAUGAAACCCAGAGUGCCAAACCAGAAGGACUCCUCCUUCUUCUGCCCCUUUGAGGGGACAGAGAGGGGCUUUGUGUUGGUAUUAUUAUCCUUCUUUCCCAACAAGGAGAGCAGCCACAAGAGCACUAGCCGGGCGAAAGGAAGGCCACUUCUGAGCUGCUGUCCCUCGGCUGUCGCGGAGGGAGGUCUAUGCAAAAAGAAGUCUCGGCUCAACAAGGGGCUGUGGGUUGCAGCCUCCUUGGAUUUUAGGUGCAAUCCCUAGGCUUUAAGGUGUGGGGCGGGGCGGGAGGGUGUCGUUUGAACCAAGGCAAACAGCCCCCUCUUCUUUUAUCUCAAUGCUGCUGUCUUCCUUUUGGGGGAUCCAGUUUGUAUUACUCAAUACACAAACACACACACACACAUACACACACAAACACACACCCCACUGGCAUUCAUUAGUCCUCACCCUGUACAAAAUAUGGCAGAGGCCACGAAUCUGGGCUCUCACCGGCUGCAUCUCAAUUCUCUCUGGAAUCAAGUGCUCUUCCUCACCUUUUUGGUCAGACCGACCCUUCCUUCUCACACGGAACCAAACCACGUCCAGGUCCUGUCCGUUUCCUUAGCUGUUUCCCAUGGACACCCCACGCCCCAUUCCUUGUUCCUCAUGAGGAUGGCUCCCCAUCUCCUUGAAAGCGGAUGGAAUAAGAACGGAACGGUGGGCAUCAGGCGGCUAACGGUCCUCUCUCUUGAAAAGCGACAAGCCCCAGUUUUAACCAGCGGGGACGCCCUUCAGGAGCCACUGUCAAGCGACCAGGCCUGUGCUAGCGGUGAUGGUGGAAUGGCCUGCAGGCUCCUUCCAGAAACUGACCGCUCGAUUCUUCCACGCUUGCACCCAGCUCAGUAUGAGCCGAGCCCUCCUGCUGGCCUCUCCUUUCCUCUCGCCUUGCCUGCCUUGCGAUCAGGAACCUCUUGCAACAUGCCUAUGAGCCACGGAGGAGGAGGAGGAGGAGGAUGCGGUGGUGGUGCUGGGAUCCCCAGGUUUCUCCUGUAACAAAUAAGGACAAUAAAGUGACCCACUGUCAUUGAAGCGUGAA